UUUUCCAACAUUCGAUAUGAGGAAGGCGAAGCGAGGAGAAAGAGGAAGGUGAGAUGCGCAACUGUACAGAACAGUGAGUUUUUCCCUCCGAUUCCGGCAAAUAAGGUCGCCAGGACAGUAUUGUUGAUCAAGAAGGAGAGUUUGAUCAUGGGUGAUAAUCCAGAGAGGUUUGACCAAACGAAUCAAGGCUCGACCUCAUCUAUUCCACCUAGUAAGAGGAGAAGGGGUCGUCCUCCUCGCAGUGAUGAAGUCCAGACUCAGCCACAGCUGAACCCCAUUGAUGAAAAUCUGAUAGGUCGGAUGGUUUGUGGUGUGGUUGAAGGUUCUUUCGAGGCUGGCUAUUUUCUCCACGUGAAGGUCGCUGACACGGAUAAGCAUUUCAAAGGCAUUGUUUUCUUACCGGGAAAAGUCACUCCAGUUACUCCCACCACUGAUUUGUUUCCACAAGCUAAGAUGUAUGCAAGAGAAGUUCCCUCUUUAAACCAACGAACUCCAAGCACUCAGAAUCAAACUGAUAUUCAUCCAAUGAGCGAUGAGGUUGGUGGUUCUGAGACGAAUCUUUCUAUGGAUACAGAGGUGAAAGAUGUUGGUGGCUCUUCUGCAGAGGAUAAACUCACUGAACCUGAAGGCCAAACCCUCUCCCUCAUGCCCCAGUUUGCUAGUGAUGGUGCACCCAAAGAGGAUCAUACCGUCACGAGAUCUGAAGCUUGUGGAGCAAGUAAGAGAGCUGUUACGUUAACUGUACUAUGUUACUUAAAGAUUCAUAUGCUAAAGGUGCAACUGAUCAUGUUUUCAGAUGUAAAGGCAUCGUCUUCUUCUUAUGAGUUUCAGGGAUUUGGAGCAGAAUAUGGGUACUCUUCAGAUAAAAGCACUGGUAUCUACGACCUUCACCACUUGAGUUGUCAAUCAUCAUCAUCAUUGGCAUCUCAUAAGAAAGAAGGAGAGAUACUUAACAAAAAGAAUGUUAAGAGCUUUACCUUCAACAAACUCAAACUUGCAACAAGGAACUUCGGAUCAGACUCUGUUGUAGGAUAA